AUGGGAGCAUUAGGAAACAGUGCUUAUGGAGCAAAAGGUCGAAUUAUCCGAUAUUCAUUCUUUAUUUCUGCUCUUAUUUCAGUGGUGAGUGAAAUUAUUGGAUUACUGUAGUUUACAAAAUUUCUAGUAAAUAUAUUUUUUGAUUGAAAAGAAAAUGAUAAAAAUGUCGUAAUUAGAUAUUCACAAUUGUUGAAGCAAUCAAACUGGUUCAAUGAUAACAAUCAUAAAAGUUAUUGUAUUUCAUAAGAUACUUAUUAUUAUUAUUAUUAUUAUUAUUAUUAGAGAGAGAGAGGGUCUCGCUUCAUAAAAAAUCAGAAAUCUUGAAUUUCUUGUCAUAAUUUUCAAUGCAUUAAUUCUAAGAUUUUUUCUCCAAAUAAAUCUAGAUGUUUUAAGCUAAUAGAUAUUAUGUUCAAUUCUCCAAGAAUCCGCUUAACCUAAAAAGAUUCCAAAAUCUUGUUCUCUUUCAGUUAUUUUCGAUAAGUUGUAUUUGCUAUGGAAUAUGGUUAUUAGCUCGUCGAUCUCAAUAUGCUGAACUUGUUUCUCCAUCUUUAUAUGUUGAUGUUGGUCGAAUUCUCGUUAUUAUUUCAUUAUUUUCAAUCAUUAAUUAUGCUAUUUGCACAUAUGCAAUCUUCAGGGAAAAACGAUGUGUUGUAACUUCGGUAGGCUUCUUUUUCUGUUUCAGAAAAAACACAUUUCAAUCAUAUUUCAUUUCAGUGCGCUGUCGCUUCUUUCAUUAUUGCUGUAAUGCUCAUAAUUGGCGGUUUAAUUGGUUUGAAUUUCCGUGAUCAACUUGCCAAUUAUACACCACUGAAUUUGAAAAUGUCAACAUCUCUUAGUGAAUUAUAUGGAACUCACGAUAUGAAUGGAAUUACUGAAGCAUGGGAUCAUUUACAAUCAAAUGUAAGUCGAAGAUAUUUUUUGAAAUAUUUUCAUUUUACUUUUUUUAGUUCAAAUGUUGUGGAGUGAAUGGAACAGAAAAUGCUCAAUUUUGGAGACAUUCAAAAUGGUAUAUGCAUCAGAAAGCGCCAAAAAACCUUAUUCCAGAAUCAUGGUCAGUUUGAAAAACUACAGUAACCUGGGUUAAACGCACAGAUUGAAAUUAGGCAUUUUCUCCCUUUAGAAUUAAUUUCAAUUUUUCUUUUAAUUUUCAAAUAUAAUAUGAGAGGGCUUUUUUCUCUUUUCAUCUAUAAUCUGAAUAAUUCAAAUAUUUUCCAGCUGUAUUCCAUCAGAAAUCGAACGUUGUCGUUCGAAUCCAUUUGAUGGUUCAGAAACACCUUCAUAUUAUACAAAAACAUGUUACGAACCGCUUCUCAAUGAUUUAUUACAUGUUAUGAAUGUUGCAUCUUGGUUAUGUAUCACAAAUGCAAUUGUUCAAAUUCUUCCAUCAUUUUCCAGUUGUUGGUAUUCUCGACUUAUUCGAAAAUGA